CCUACAAUGUUGUCCUGAGAUUACGACCGCUGGUGUUGUGCUCAGGCUUACAUGACUUGUUUGCCUUCACAGAUCGAGGCAGUGGAGAGCCAAUAUCGCUCGAUGUACGGUGAACGAGACUUACCGUUUCCCGAGACUUAUCCGCAGAGCUGCCUGUUGGGCUGUGUCAGUGUAGUGGAUGUGUUAACACAGGACGAAUAUAAGGAGAAGUUCAGUGAAAGCGCGACACAGGAGUCGGUAUCAGAAUACGUGUUUGUGUGUGAGGAGCCGCAGGAGCUGGCUCUGAAGUACGCUGUAACUGGAGAUCAUAAAAUCUGGAAUUUGGACAAGACGAUCGCUACUGCAGCGAAUGCGGCCAUAGAAAGGACAUCUCCGGCCAUAAAGUGAUAAUUGUGGGUCAAGUAGUAUUCCGACUUCAGAAAAGCCCCCUGGGCGGUGUUCAGGCUUAAGGUUCCCUAUAUUCUAAGUUAACGUACCAAGUACUGACUACUGGCAUCGCCAAUCCCUUCCGACGACACUUAUACCAGUGGACCAGAGCCAUAGGAAGUGAGGAUUCAAUCUCUCACUCCUUGAAUGAUGCCGCGUCAUUCACUGAUAACAGAAUCCCAGAUAUCUUAGCUGAUUUAUUUUUCGUACUGCCAUCAAUAUAACCAAUUCACAUUCGCUAUUCAGUAGCGAUUGGAGGAAUAUA